UCCCCGCUGCAGCGCCAUCGGUCAGGGGUGAGGGGGCGGGCCCACCUCUGCUGCCAAGUCGGAGCCGGUCCGGGGCGGCAGCUCGGCCAAAGUCGGCUAACUGACCGUCAGCAGAGCGAAUCGGCGGAGCCCCAGUGAAGUCACUUUCAGUUAUCUUUCCCGCUCUUUCCUCCGUUUCCUCCUCCCCUCCUCCCCCCCUAAAAUCGUGGGUGACGAACCACCUUCUGUUACCCUCUAUCCCUCCAUUGCAAUCUUCCCGCCGACGCACGGCUGGAUCGGCCCAAUUGGCUCAAUGCAGAGCGCAAGGUCCCCCGCGCUCGCCCGGGCCCUCCGGGGCACACGCGGAACGCCGUCGCACUCGGCCAGGCGAUACAGCUCCCGCGCGGUCGCCACGUCUCUCUCACAGCAUGCGCUCCGACAGCAUCAGCCACAGCAACAGAAGCACCCUCUCCAGUCCACCCGGCCACUCGGACUGCGACAGUUCCCCGCUGCCUGCUCCCAAACCCGCAAUGCCUCCUCCUCCUCCUCCGCCGACUCCUCCGAACCGCUCCGAAAGACGCCCCUCUACGACCUGCACCUCGCCCACGGCGCCAAGAUGGUCCCCUUCGGCGGCUUCCACAUGCCGGUGCAGUACGCGUCGCAGUCGGUCAGCCGGUCGCACCUGUUCACGCGCGAGCGCGCCUCGCUCUUCGACGUCGGCCACAUGGUGCAGCGCAUCUUCGCGGGGCCCGGCGCGGCCCGCUUCCUGCAGCGCCUCACGCCCAGCGGCAUCGAGGCGCUGCCCGAGCACCGCAGCACGCUGUCGUGCCUGCUGCGCCCGGACGGCUCCGGCGGCAUCGUCGACGACACCGUCGUCACCCGCCUCGCCGAGGGCCGCUUCUUCGUCGUCACCAACGCCGCCUGCCGCGAUAAGGAUAAUGCCUACUUGGACAGCGAGCUGGCCAAGUGGAAUGGCGAGCCGGGCCACGAGGACUUGCAGGUGACGGAGGAGCGGCUGGACGGGCAGGGCCUGGUCGCGCUGCAGGGGCCCGAGGCGGCGGGGAUCCUGGCGCGGGUGCUGGAGGGCGGGCCCGGCGGGCUGGACCUGAAGAAGCUGCUGUUCGGGCAGUCGGCGUACGCGCGGCUGAAGCUGCGCGGCAUGCAGCUCAGCAGCCCCGUGCUGAUCAGCCGCGGCGGCUACACGGGCGAGGACGGGUUCGAGAUCUCCAUCCCCGGCGACGAGACCGUCGACGUCACCGAGGCGCUGCUCGCCGCCGGCCCGGAGAAGGUGCAGCUCGCCGGCCUCGGCGCGCGCGACAGCCUGCGCCUCGAGGCCGGCAUGUGCCUGUACGGCCACGACCUGGACGAGACGACGACGCCCGUCGAGGCGGGGCUGAGCUGGAUCAUCCCCAAGGAGCGCCGCACCGCGGACGCCGGGUUCUACGGGGCCGACGUCAUCGCCAGCCAGCUGGUGCCCAAGAGCAAGGGCGGGUCGGGCGUCGAGCGCCGCCGGGUCGGCCUGGUCGUCGAGGGUGCGCCGGCGCGAGAGGGCGCCGAGAUUGUCAGCCGCGCGCAGGAGGAGGGCAAGGAGCCGGUCAAGCUUGGCACCGUGACGAGCGGGUGCCCCAGCCCGAGCUUGGCCAAGAACAUCGCCAUGGGCUACGUCAAGGACGGGUUCCACACGCCCGGGACAGAGGUCGACGUGCUGGUCCGCGGCAGGCCGAGGAAGGCUGUCGUGACUAAGAUGCCAUUUGUGCCGACCAAGUACUGGAAGGGAGAGGCGUAAGGCGGAUCAGAUGGGGGUUCUAUCUGUUUCGGUUUCUGUUUCGGUUGCUUUCCGCAAAGGGAUGAUGGCAUGGGAUGCUUCAACAUUCGGCGGGGUCCAUGGGUUAUUGGGGAGGCGAUAAUUAGACAGCUUGCAUUGCC